GAACUGCUGGAUUUUUAUAUUUCUUUAUUCUUUUCAGCCCCUGCCUCAUCUGAGCUCAUGAUAGAGCCUAUCACAGAUUUUAACUUCUCUUGGCAACGGGCGUUAAUUCUGAACAAUGAUGCCGCCAAUUGCUUUGAACGAAAGCUCAUGCGUGCCCGCCGUUCAAUCCAUGAGUCUGUGCAAGAUUCUAGUGAGGCGCUUAACGAUCUCUUACACCGGUUGUCUUGCAACACAAACACACAAACCUGCAAGCUUGCUACUGAGCAAACCGCUGAGGCUCAUUCUCAUGCUUCAAGAUCGGACAUGGUUGCGGACCUAGCAUCAUCGGUGCAGAUUGUUCAUCCACCAGCUCCUGAAUUUUUCGAGGAUUUGAUUGAAAGGAUCUGUUCUCAUCGUAUUCGAUUAUAUGAGCUGGGCACUAAGAAUCUCCAUCUUCAAGGAGAAUGGGUAGCUCUAGCGGAUGAAAUAGAAGAAAUAGAAGCGAGGGCUCUCACAGCAGUUAUACUUCCCUCGUCUGUACUGGAAGACAUAUCCGUGGACACAAAUUCUCAACUUAAAAGCGUUCUAGACAGAUUGGAAUCCCAGGCUACUCGCUGUUUAGCCGCUGCUGAAGCCCUCGCUUUAGGUCAGCCUCUAAGUACAAAGGAAGAUGCGAUUAGUGCAAAGCGUGAUGCACCGGAAACGUUCUCACAAACUUUAAAGUCAAUUGGACCUCCUAUUUUGAAGUUAUCCUGGCCUACCCCCACUCUUUCUGAGGCUAGGCAGCUAUGUGAGCAAUCGGCCGCCCUGUUGUACCCAUUACUUUCGGACUACAAGCUUCGGGAGCAGACACUUCAGGUGAAACGAAUUGUCAGCUGUGCUUGCAGUCAGGUAACACGUCAAGAUCCAGUCCACUGUCUCGAUCGAAUGCGGUAUGUCAUCUCCUUCCUGAGUGGCGAGCCUGUCAAGUUCGCUGGCAGAUCCUCAAAGGGCGGCCAAUCAAAGGACGAAGUGACCUUGACAGACCUUCUCCCUCCGGAUCUCGGAACAGUUUAUGCCUGGCACUGUUUAUUUUCGGCCACAUUAUCUCAAGCAGAGCAUCAAUUUGCUUACCAUCAUGAAAGCGCGGUCGUUUAUGCAAUACUUCUCUCUGGCGUUUUUGCACGGUAUCCGGAAAAAACCACUGAAUUUCUGGCUCGCGUUUUUGUUGCUUGCCCUAUACUCUGCAGUUUCUUGGACGAAGACGCACUUACAGCAGCAAAAUCUAUGCUAGACGCGACCGAUGUUCUUAGCCGCUGGCGUGGCAUCGCUCGUCUCUUUGCUGCUCUAUCGGUUGGACGACCUUCGUCUCACGUAUCUUCCUCCAGUGUGGCGCUCUUCAAUCCGGCCUUUUUGUGGCGCGUCAUUGCUGGCGUAACGAAUUGCUCUUUCUUACCAUGCGGAAGUGCCGAGGUUCUUCACGGUCUACUCGAAAUCGGAGGCAGCAUUCUCAUGCGACUGUACGGAGUGCAAUUUGACAAAUUGUUACUGUGCAUCGCUUCCAUCAUCCAUUCCUCUGUUACUCUGUCACAGUCCAGUCCGGAGAUUGCACUACUCUCCACCAUUGACUCUCUCCGACAAAGAUAGCACUUUCUGCACCUUCCAAUCUCUGUUUUCUGACUUAGAUCUCCCACUUACAUUACUUUGCAAUCGCUACUUUUUGAUACACGAUGUGUUUGAUAAAGCAUUUACAAAUGCGCUGCAUGACAAUCACUACCUCCAGUGGUUAUACGCCAGUGGUUUGCUUCGACGCUUCGCUUUCGUCAGCAAUAUGUAUCCUGUCAGCGAUGAGACCUAGAGUUGUAAAACCUUGGUGCCUCAUACAAACAUUCCACAUC